AUGGGGGACGAGAGAAGGGCCGAUGCUAAAAUUGCUCAAAAACUAACGAUUCUUCCUUUAAUCGCUUUGAUUUUCUACGACGUUUCUGGAGGACCCUUUGGAGUGGAGGAUUCAGUGAGCACUGGCGGAGGUCCGCUUCUGGCUUUGUUGGGUUUCUUAGUUUUUCCGUUUAUUUGGAGUAUUCCGGAGGCUUUGGUCACGGCGGAGCUUGCCACUAGUUUCCCUCAAAAUGGCGGGUAUGUGGUCUGGAUUUCCGCUGCUUUUGGCCCUUUUUGGGGUUUUCAAGAAGGGUUUUGGAAAUGGUUCAGUGGGGUAAUGGAUAAUGCUUUGUAUCCUGUUUUGUUUCUCGAUUACUUGAAACGUUCGUUUCCUGUUUUUAACCAUGUAUUUGCUCGAAUUCCAACUUUAUUAGGAAUCACUGCUUCUUUAACUUACUUAAACUAUCGUGGUCUGCACAUUGUUGGGGUCUCUGCUGUUGUUCUUGCUGCGUUUUCGCUUUGCCCUUUUGUGGUGAUGACCCUUCUUUCAAUUCCCAGAAUAAGGCCUAAAAAGUGGCUAGUUGUAGAGUAUAGUAAAGUGAAUUGGAGGGGUUAUUUCAAUAGUAUGUUUUGGAAUCUGAACUAUUGGGAUAAAGCAAGUACUUUAGCAGGGGAGGUUGAAAAUCCUAGCAAAACUUUCCCUAAGGCUAUGUUUGGAGCUGUGGUUUUGGUGGUUUCUUCUUAUUUGAUUCCUCUUCUGGCUGGGACUGGUGCCUUGGAAUCAGAUUCAAGUGAAUGGAGUGAUGGGUAUUUUGCAGAAGUUGGGGCUUUGAUUGGUGGGGUGUGGCUGAAGUGGUGGAUUCAAGCUGCUGCUGCUAUGUCUAACAUGGGAUUGUUUGAGGCUGAAAUGAGCAGUGAUGCAUACCAACUGCUUGGGAUGAGUGAGAUGGGAAUGCUUCCUUCUGUGUUUGCUGCAAGAUCCAAAUAUGGGACACCCACAUUCAGCAUUUUGUGCUCUGCCAUGGGGGUUAUCUUCCUUUCAUGGAUGAGUUUCCAAGAAAUACUUGAGUUUCUCAACUUCCUAUACUCUGUAGGAAUGCUUUUGGAGUUUGCUGCCUUUAUAAAACUAAGAAUAAAGAAGCCAGACCUCAACAGACCCUACAGAGUUCCCUUGCAAACAUUUGGUGUCACAAUGCUUUGCUUCCCACCAGCAGCCUUGCUUGUUCUUGUCAUGUGUUUAGCUUCUGCAAAAACAUUCUUAAUCAGUGGGAUUAUAGUUACUGUGGGGUUUCUUCUGUACCCUACUCUUUUGCAAGCAAAGAAUAAAAGAUGGGUAAAAUUUAUUUCAGAACAGCCAGAAGCUACUCUUCCUGAUGUGGAAGAUAGGCUGGUCGAGUCGCACGCCCAGCAAGAAGUUCCCAAUGAGGCAGAGGUUCGGCUUCUUUCAGAAUCUUCUUCGUCUUCGAAUAUAGCCCAGCAAUAACAUCCACAGAUUAUCCAAGUCGGACGCCGGAAAAACAUGCCCUUUCGAAGCUUACUCGAAAGGGAAAGUUCACUUCUGCAAUGUUCUGAGAAGACUGCUUGAUUGACAUAUUGUUAUGUAAACAUAUUUAUGUACAAAUUGUUUGUAUAUUCUUUUGAAAGGUUGUUACUCAUGUUCUCAAUGGAUGUAACACAAAAGGGUUAGUUAUGUAUGACCCUUUUAAUUAGAAUUCAAUAAAGCUUAAAAAGGAAGAACUUUAAGUGUUUAGAAAUAUAUUUUUUUAUUUUU